AUGGAAGAGUUCCGGCGUGCCUACAGCCAGCUGUGCCAGGAGCGCGGCGCCGAGCCCCAGGAGGGCGUGCUGCAGCAGCUGCAGGAGCCGCGCAGGAGCCGGCUGGACCUGGCCACGCAGACCCUGACCACCGACACCUGCGGGGCGCUGGGCCGGCUGCUGCCCACCCAGACGCUGUUCAGCGAGCUGGUGCUGAGAGACUGUAUGCUGAGCGAGGAAGGGGUCAAGCUGCUGCUCCAGGGGCUUUGCUCCAACUCUGCUGUGCGGCUCCUGGACCUCAAGGGCAACAAUCUCGGUGCCAUGGGAGCGGAGGCUCUGGGGAGACUCCUGCGACAGAACAAGGCCAUUCAGAGCCUGACCCUCGAGUGGAACAACCUGGGCACGUGGGAGGAAGCCUUCUCCAGCUUCUGCUUCGGCCUGGGUGCCAAUACUGCCCUGCGGGAGCUGGACCUCCGUAACAACCAAGUCAACCACAAGGGUGCCGAAGAGCUGGCCCUGGCGCUGAAGACCAACUGCAGCUUGCAGCAGCUGGACCUGCGCUGGAACAACAUCGGUCUCCUGGGGGGACGGGCCCUGGUGAGCUGUUUACCCAGUAACAAAACCCUGUGGAGGCUGGAGUUGGCCGGCAACAACAUCCCCAGCGACGUCCUCAGAGCUGUGGAGCAGGCCAUGGAUCACAACCAGGACCGCCAGGCAACCGUCCGGGAGAGCCAGGCGCGCCGCCUCGCACUUACCAAGGAGGUGCGCAGCUUGCAGGAGGAGAAGUCCAAGCAGUUUCUGGACCUGAUGGAGACCAUUGACAAGCAACGGGAAGAGAUGGCCCUGAGCAGUAGGAGGUCAGCAGCCCGCCUGGGCCAACUGCAGGAUGCCCUAAAUGAGAGGCAGUCGGUCAUCAAUGCUCUCAAAGCCAAGCUGCAGAUGACAGAGGCGGCCUUGGCCCUGUCACAGCAGAAGACCCAAGCCUUGGGGGAGCUGCUGGCCACCGCAGAGCAGGAACGGCUGAGUCUGUCCCAGAAGCAAUCUGAGGAGCGCAGGCUAGAGCAACAGGAAGCCUCUGAGCGGGAGGCCAAGCUCCUUCGGGACCUGUCUGCUGCUCAGGAGAACAGACUGUUGCUGCAGAACCAGGUGACCGAGCUGGAGCGGAGGGCGAAGUCUCAGCAGGAGCAGCUGUUCCAGGCCAAGCAGGAGCUGGCCAGCACCACCGCAGAGCUGAGGCUGCGGGCAGCCCAUGCAGAGGAGCGUCUGGACUCAGAGAAGAGGAGGUUCAGGCAGAGCCUGGAGGACGCUGAGCAGCUUCGCCUCAGAGAGGUGGAACACGUGACCCGCCAUGUGGAAGAGAGUGAGCGGGCUCUGCAGGAGCGAGUGCAGAGGCUGGAGGCUGCCCGGCUGACCCUGGAGGAGGAACUGAGCCGAGUGAAGGCAGUUGCACUGGCCGAGCGCGGGCAGAUGGAGGAGGAGCUUCUCAAGGCCAAGACCCAGGUCCGCCUGGAGGAGCAACAGCGCCUGGCCCACGCAGAAGAGAAGCUGCGGCUGCUGGCACAGGCACGAGAUGAGGCCCAGAGUGCCUGCCUGCAGCAGAAGCAGGUGGUGACCCAGGCCCAGGCCCUGGCCAACCAGCAAAGCCUGGAAGUGGACAGCCUCCGGCGGCGCAUCCAGGGCCUGCAGCAGGAGCUGAGCGACAAGGACCAGGAGAAGGCAGUGGAGGUGAACCGGGUGCGAGUGGAACUGCAGGAACAAACGGGGCGCCUGCAGGCUGAGCUAGCUGCCCAGGAGGGACUGAAGGAGAAGGUGGCUGCCCUGGAGCGCCAGCUGAAAGUGAUCUCCAGUGACCACCGGGAGGCGCUGUUGGACAGAGAGAGCGAGAACGCGUCCCUGCGGGAGAAGCUGCGGCUCAGAGAGGCGGAGAUCGUGCGCAUCCGCGAAGAGGAGGCCCAGAGAGCCGGCUUCCUGCAAAACGCAGUGCUGGCUUACGUGCAAGGGGUGCCCCUGCGGGCGCUGAGCCCCCACAAGUGA